ACCUACGGUCUCAUCCUUCCUUCUCUCCUCGUUCGGUCGCCAGUUCGCCACAGAGAAGAAAACGAGAGAGGCCGCCGCCGCCGCCCUCCCCGACGAGAUCUCCACCGUCAUCGAGCAAGCCACCGCCGUGCAAUUCUGAUGGAAUGGACGAGCAUGCGCUCUCCUCCGGCGAUUCCUAAUCUCCUCAGCUAAUCCCCGCUCCUCUCCUCCCAAACCUAACCUAAUCCUCCCAUUCCCCUUCCCCAAACACGCUGGAAAGGAAAUGGUGGCGUGGGCGCCGCUGGUUCGUAGAAGUGGGGACCAUCUGCGGCGGCCGUAGAGAGCAAUCAUGAAGAGGAUCCGGAGCUGGCGGCGGCGGAAGUCGACGCUGGUGAAGAAGAAGACGAAACCCGACCACAUCAGCAACCUUCCCGGCGCUAUCCUGGGCGACAUCAUUUCUCUGCUCCCAACCAAGGAAGGCGCCCGCACCCAGAUCCUCAACCGCAGAUGGCGUCACCUCUGGCGCUCCGCCCCUCUCAACCUCAACUAUCGCGAUCUCCCCUACAACAACGGCGGCCGUGUCGCUGCUGUCUCGCAAAUUCUCUCAUCCCACCUGGGACCUGGCCGCCGUCUCAGCCUCGACGGGUACCUCCUCCAAUGUGACAUCGACGACGUUACCCUGGACCCCUGGCUCCGGUCCGCCGCGCUGCGCAACCUCCAGGAGCUCGAGUUCGUCGGUUUCAGUUCUCAUACGGCUUCACUGCAAGCAGCAAUCUUCCGCUUCUCUCCCACCCUUCGUGUUGUCUGCCUCCCCGGCGAAACUGUCCAAGGGCUUCACUUCCCCUUGCUUAGGGAUCUCGAACUUUACUCUGUCGCCAUCUCGGAGUAUUCACUGCACAAAGUGAUUGUUGGAUGCCCAGCUCUUGACUGCUUGAAAUUUUUUGGCGGCUGUGGCUUUCGUUGCCUCCGGAUCAACUCCCUUAACCUUAGAACGAUCAUGGUGAAAAUAAUUCGGUAUAACCAUACUGUUAAGUUUGCAUUCGAGGAACUCAUCAUUGAGAUUGCCCCUUGUCUCAAAAGGUUGCUUCAGAGAAUUGAAAUGUUUACUGCAUGCUUGAUAAAGGGAUUGCACUUUGAUAACCUAACGACGGUGGUGCGCACGGUCAGAAGUUUAGCCGUCAAUAUGGAUCCUCUUGGUUUGGAUACGGUUAUUUACUUGAUGAGAUGCUUUCCGUGCUUGGAGAAGUUAUACAUCGAGUUUUAUCAAUCAGGGCCCAACAAUUUGUGGCGUCGUAAACACCAGGAUCUGAUAAGAUGUCUUGAUAUCCGUCUGAAGACAAUAGUGUUGAAAACGUAUUGGGGCACCAAGUCACAAGUUAGCUUUGUUACAUUCUUUGUGUUGAACGCGAGAAGGCUAGAGUCGAUGACACUUGGCAUCAGAUAUGUUGAUAACACAGAGAAGUUCAUAGCAAAACAGCACAAAAAGCUUCAGCUAGAGAACAGGGUUUCCAGAGAUGCUCAGUUUCAUUUUGUGGCCGGUCUACAAUCCUGUGUUGAGGGUACUAAUCAUCGUGUGGCUAUCUAG